UGUGCAGGACUGAGUUUUAUUUGCGUCUGAUAAAACUAUAUUUCUUGAGGAAUGAGCAUUGUUUGUGUGAGCUAAACUUUUUUUAUAUCAAUUUUUUUUUUAUGGCAGGGAAAUUCGCAAUGACACUUAAUGUUAGCUUGAUGGCUAUUCGUUUUUACCAAUCUAUGGUACAAUGUUAUUUGCAAUUGUAUAAAAAUGUAAUUUAGGUCAACCACUUGAGUGGUGCAAAGGACUGUUUUUAUUUGCAACUAGUAAGAACUUUUCUUUUUGUGAGAACCCGAUUCAUGUGAACGUAUGUAACAGUUUAACUUUAGUCAGUCCCCUCGCCCAUACCCAGGCGCGAACCAGGGACCCUCAACAACGUCGCCCACGAAGCAUCGCUACCCAUCGCUCCACGAAGGCCGCGGCCCUUGCAGAGCAAGGGGAACCACUACUUCAAGGUCUCAAAGCGAGUGACGUAACCGAUUGAAACGCUAUUUGCGCGCCCCACCGCUAACUAGCCAAUACACAUCCGUUACACGUAUACAGGUUUACACGUAUUCUUCAUAUAGGCACUGUGAUAGUAAAUGUCCAUUUCUGUUUUUUCUAUUAAUGCCAGGGGAAUCCGUAAUAUAUAUAUUUGUAUUGUAAGGGUAAGAGUGCCGACUUUUAUUUCGUUCAAGAAACUCAUGCCUGUUCCACAGAUACUGCGUUUUGGAAGUGCAAUGGGGGAACGAUAUUUGGUUUUCAUUUGGUACUAAUCGGUCAGCAGGUGUCGCUAUUUUAAAAGGCAACUUUAAGGGUCAUAUAUUGAGUCAUGAAGCAGAUAAUACAGGGAGAUGGAUUAUACUAUUGGUAGAUGUCAACCACGUUCAAUUCAUUGUUGUAAAUACUUAUGCUUCCAAUAACAAUUCAAGUAACUGUAUUUUAUUUAGAGACAUUGAGAGGAAAAUAAGUAAAAUUAUGUCUGAAUUUCCAUUGGCCAGUGUUAUAUGGGGUGGAGAUUUUAAUACAGUAUUACAUGAUAAUCUAGAUAGAUGGCCUCCUACGGAUAGCAAUUCUGUUUGUGAGAUAAGGAAUAUAUGUCUACGGUUAGGUGUUCUAGAUAUUUGGAGACAUAAGAACCUAGAUAAGAUUGUUUACAUGGAGUACCAAAGAUGUAUCUAUACAAUCCUGUAUUGAUUUCUGGCUGAUAUCUGAAGAUAUGGCUGACAAGGUUGAUACAGUCUUGAUUGAACCAUCGAUUUUAACAGACCACAAAGGGAUCUCAAUAAAGAUAAAUAUGCAUGGUUUGUCAACAAAAAAAGUUAAUGUUACUGGAAAAUGAACAAGACUUUACUAGAGAAUUAAGUAUUUAAGAAGGAAGUAGCAGGAAUUAUUGAUAAAUACUGUAAUUGUGCCUGUGUUUAUGAAUACGUUUGGAAGUUACUGGGAGCUAAUGAAAUUUGAUAUAAGGCUUUUGGCUAUUUCAAUGGGGAAAGAAAUUGCUCGUGCCAAGAGAAAGAAUAUGACAUCAUAAAGGGAAUAAUGGAUUAUACUAAAAAAAACUGAACUAACUAAUCAGGAAUUACUGGAGCUAUCAUCAUUGCAAAUGCAGACUGUAUCUACGAGGAAAAGGCCCGGGGAGCGUUUGUAAGAUCAAGACGAAAAUAAAUGGAAGAGGGAGAGAAAAAUACAAAAUAUUUCUUUAAUUUAGAAAAAAGGGCAGGCAAAAAGACUUCCAUAUGUAAAUUAAUGAUUAAUAAUAGUCCCAAUGAAAAUCUUAAAGAAAUCUCUCAGCAUGUUGCCCAGUUUUAUCAGAAUCUGUAUACAUCAGCCCAGUCAACUUCCAAUAUGGAUCUUUUCUUAGACAAUGUAGCAAACAUUGCUAAGAAGAUAGAUAAUGAUUUCAGGGUUUUCUGAAAUUGAGAUAAAAGACUGUAUUAAAAGCCUUAAGGACAAUAGGUCCGCUGGAAAUAAUGGUUUAAUAAGUGAGUUUUAUAAAGCAUUCAAUGAUAAAUUGAUUCCUUUCAUUCUUGCUAUGUUUCAAGAAUCAAUAGAAAAAGGGGAGUUACCGGCUUCCUUAAAGAAAGGUGUAAUUACUUUGAUUCCCAAACCUAAUAAGGAUACUCUUUAUAUAGACAACUGGAGACCCAUUAGCCUGUUGAAUAAUGAUGGGAAAUUAUUUGCCCUUGUAUUUGCUAAGAGGUUGAAACAAGGCUUGCAUCAUGUAAUUGAUUAAGAACAAUCUGGUUUUGUCAAUGGUCGACACAUUAGUAAUAACAUCAGGUUGAUCUUAGAUAUGAUUGACUAUAAUGACCUCAUCCUUGAUGAUAGUUUUCUUAUGUUUGUUGAUUUUUUUAAAGCUUUUGACACUGUAGAACAUGAGUUUAUGUUCAAAGCAAUACGUUUUUUUGAAAGCAGUCCAAACUUUAUAUAGUGGUUGUACUAGCUCUGUAAAAUGAGCUCACGGGACAUCCCAAAGAGUUGAUAUUGGCCGUGGCAUUAGGCAGGGCUGCCCAAUUAGUCAAUUUUAUUUUUUAUUGGUUACUCAAAUUAUGGCUUUUCAUAUCAAGAAAGGUCAUUUUCAAGGUGUUUCAGCACUUUGCAAGGAAUUUAAACUAUGUCAACUGGCUGAUGAUACCACCAUAUUUUUACAAGACAGGAAUGAGGUUUCUAAAGCAGUUUCCUGUAUUGAAGACUUUUCCUUGGUUUCGGGUUUGAAAAUUAAUAUCAAUAAGUCAGUCUUAUUUCCACUCGAGGAUUGUGUUUUACAGGAAGUAUAUGGUAUCCCAAUUAAAGAUAAGGUUACUUAUCUUGGAAUUGUUACAUGCAAGGAUGAAAAACAAAGGAGUGAAUUGAACUUUAACCCCAUUUUUGAGAAAACAAAGAAGAAAUUGAACCUCUGGUUGAUAAGAGAUAUUUCGUUAUACGGUCAGGUUUUAUUAUCCAAAGCUGAAGGGUUAUCCAGAUCGGUUUAUGUCUCGUUAUCACUUGACUUAACCCCUAAAAUUGUAAAUGACUUAGAUAAGAUUCUUUAUAAUUUUAUUUGGAGGAACAAGCCUCACUAUCUACGAAAAGAUUUUCUCACUAAUACUCACUAAGGAGGUCUUGAGGUUUUAGAUUUCAAUACUCUAAAUAAUACUUUUAAAAUAAAUUGGAUUCUGAAGUAUGUUAAGAACCAGAACAGUAUUUGGAAUGUCUUCCCUAAGUAUUUAUUUGGUUUAGAAUUUUUGCUUCGAUGUAAUUUUGAUAUUGAUAAAAUCUCAGUCAAGUUGGCCAAAUUCCAUAAGCAGGCAAUUUCAGCUUGGACGUUAGCGUAUAAACGCCAUUUUUCCCCUCACAGAUACUUUUUAUGGAAAAACAAAGAUAUACCAUUUAAAAAUAAGUAUUUUUUUUUCAUAACUGGUUUGAAAAUAAAAUUAUUUUGGUUGGUCAGUUACUGAAUAAGGAUGGAUAUCUACUCUCAUAUGGGGAAUUUCUUGAUAAGUUUAAAAUUCCAAUAACCCCGAAAGAAUAUGCAAUUGUUUUUGAUGCGAUUCCAAGGGGGGUUGUAUCUCUUUUUAAAUUCCUCUGUGGUUGAUGUAAGUAACAUAAAUUUACAUGAAAAUAUAUUAAUUGGCAAUAUUCACAUCAAAGAUAAAUGUAGUAAUAAACAGAUUAUGAUUAUUGUUUGUUACUACAAUUCCCUCAGCAAGAUUCUUUUGGUCAAAUAUCUAUGGUGAUGUACAAUGGGGGAAAGCAUGGAAAAUUGCUAACAAAUAUUGUAUCAGUAACAAAGUAAAGGAAGUUUCAUUUAAAAUGUUACAUAGAAUUUAUCCUGUGAAACAUGUUUUGGAAAGAUUCAAGCUGAAUAUGGAAUAUAACUGUUAUUUCUGUGGAAUGGAGAAGGAGACCAUUUUUGCAUUUGUUUUUUUUGCCUGUAUUUAUAGUAGAAUGUUUUGGAUUGACAUACAGAAUUUUGUUACAAAAAAAAUAGGACCGGUUGUACUAUUUAAUGGUUUUGAUAUAAUGAUUUAUUUCAGAAAUUCUGACAUAGAUACAGAUGUAGUAUAUUUAAUUCAACUGCUAAUAAUACUAGGUACAUUUCAUAUUCACAAAUGCAAAUGGUCUAAUUCAAAACCUAACCUUUUUCACUUUAUAAAUGAGUUUUAACAAUAUGGCACCACUUUAACUAAAAUGAAAAACAAAAAGGAAAUUAAAACUUGUAUUAUUAAUGAAUAUGAUUUGUUUGUUUAGGAUUCCUGACAAUGUAAAUAGUUUGUAUGCUUGUUUACAUGUGACUAUUCCUCUUUUGUUUGUUGAUAUUUUUAUUUUAUUUUUAUAAAAAAUCCUGCCAGCAACAAAAUCAAAUAAGCCACGUGCAAAUACGGGUGACGUGUACGGGACUCCCCUUUUGAAACACCAAUCGGUGGUAUCCUCCCCUUAUAGAGAGGCUGUGAUUGGGCUAGACAUUAUAUGGGUAUUACACGUCGUCGCUUAUUCACAGUUCAGUUUCCAUUUAGAUUAUUCAACGGUGAAACAUACACAUCCUGUAAAUUACUCUCAGGGAACCGGACUUGACUUGUAACAUGGCGUCAAAACACCAACAGAACGACAUGCCUGCCGGGUUCCGCGUGCAGUUCAAAUCUUUCGCAACGGAGGCGAUCCAUGUUGGUCAGGAACCGGAGCAAUGGAAAUCUAUGGCGGUGGUACCACCUAUUUCUCUGUCCACCACUUUCAAGCAGUAUGGACCUGGAGAUCAUGCUGGUUUUGAGUACAGUCGGAGUGGAAACCCUACUAGAAACUGUCUGGAAAAAGCUGUUGCUGCUUUGGAUGGAGCAAAGUAUUGUUUUGCUCUUGCUUCCGGGCUGGCUGCGACUAUGACCAUCACUCACAUGCUGAAAGCUGGAGAUGGCGUUGUCUGCAUGAGUGAUGUGUAUGGAGGCACCAAUCGUUACUUCCGGAAGAUUGCUACAGAAUUUGGCUUGGAUGUCUCCUUUGCUGAUUGUACCAAAAUCGAGUUGCUCCAGGCCGCUCUUAAGCCGAACACAAAGUUAGUAUGGAUUGAGACUCCCACCAACCCUACCAUGAAGGUGGUGGAUAUCCAGGCCUGUGCAGCUGUGGUCCACCAACACAACAAGGAUACCGUGGUGGUCGUGGACAACACCUUUAUGUCAGCCUACUUCCAGCGCCCCUUGGACCUCGGAGCAGACAUCUGCAUGUAUUCAGCUACUAAGUACAUGAAUGGUCACAGUGAUGUUGUACUGGGCCUGGUGUCUGUGAAUAGUGAGGACCUGUAUGACCGACUGAAGUUCCUACAGAAUGCCCUGGGAGCCGUACCGUCCCCCUUUGACUGCUACCUGUGUAACCGUGGCCUGAAGACCCUGCACCUGCGCAUGAGGCAGCACUUCAAGAAUGCCCUGGCGGUGGCCAAGUUCCUGGAAGCUGACCCCAGGGUGGACAGAGUCAUCUUUCCAGGCUUACCCUCCCACCCCCAGCACGAGCUGAUGAAGAGACAGUGCACAGGCUGCCCAGGGAUGAUCACCUUUUACAUAAAGGGAAAACUGGAGAAUGCCACCACCUUCCUCAGCAGCCUCAAGUUGUUUGCACUUGCCGAGAGCCUUGGCGGUUAUGAAAGUUUGGCAGAGCAUCCGGCGAUAAUGACCCAUGCGUCUGUUCCAGAGAGUGAUAGGGCUGCCCUAGGGAUCAGUGACACGCUGAUCCGUCUGUCUGUGGGGCUGGAGGACGAGCAGGACAUCAUUGAGGACCUGGAACAAGCCCUGAACGCUGCGCAUCCGAAUAAGUAAUGUCUUCACGACGUCCCAAGACCAGCGGUUGUCUGUCGUCAGCAUGGCGGAGCAAAAGCAAGAGUACGCAGUGUUUCUAGCCGUGUACAAGGAGAGAGCAGCGAGAUGGUGCCUCAUCACAGCACACACAAACUGUAUUUAUGAAUGCACUCAUCAGGGGAAAACCUGCUCUUUAAACAUACGCUUUCUUCAUUAAUUAUUGAUAACCUUCUUUAUCAUCAAUUCUUUGAAUGCUGAUUUUAUCAGGAGGAAGUAUUCCUAAAUUUUAUUUCUUGCUGCUUUUGCUGUGUGUGUGUGUGUUUUUUGUUUUGUUAUUUUUUUGUUUGGAUGGCGUUGACAGGGCAUUGUGAAUGACGGUCUUAUUCAAUUAAAACUGGUAUUCGGGACUUUCAGGAGUAAGGGAAAACAGCAUUCAGUUGUCUUUCUGCUUCAUAUAGUUAAACAUGAAAACUAAUGUACGGUACAUUGAACCAUGAUAAGAAUGUCUUGCUCUGUAAAUGUCGGGACAGCAGUUUUGAUUAAAUACAACAGUGUCUGGAGCUAUCAGAUGUAUGCCUAGUAAAGGAGUCUUAAAGGAAGUUGGCCCAUGAGGGAUUGCCAACUGCAUGCUUGUCCUUGCCUUGUGUCAAAAAAAUUUGUGGAAUCACUCGCUCAAGAGAAUAAUACUUGUUUAAUGUACAAAGUUCAAGUGGUAUUGCUGAACUCAACCCACAGGCCUGUUCUCAGAUCAAAACACCCAAUGUCAGGGUUUUCUAACUAAGAACCUACCAACCCCACGUCGUGUUGGAGCUCUUCACUCAGUUGACAGUGUUAUCAAUCAAAUAUCAUACUUACUGUAUCUCUGAUUGCUACGCAAGUAUGUGCUUCAAUUGGGAAAGACCAUGUUUGAUCAAUGUCAUCUGUGUGACCAAACUCGUUAAAUUCACUUCGCAGUACGUCAUGUUGGAACUCUCAUUCACUCAACUGUGUUAUAAAUCACAUAUCAUACA